AUGCUACUCGGCCUCGGCGUCGACCUCCUCUCCUUACCCCGCCUCCAAGCCCUAAUUGCCCGCCGCACAGCCCACCGGCUGGCAGAGCGCAUCUGCUCGCCGCGCGAGCUGGCAGCCUUCGCCUCCCUCCCAGCAAAGCAUCCUGAACCUUCAACGCUGAAGGCGCAACAGCUCCGCUUCCUCGCAUCACGCUGGGCGGCCAAGGAGGCGGCGUACAAAGCGCUCCCCUGGCCAACGGGGUGGGGAUGGAAGAACCUCGACCUGUCGUACUCGGUGCGGGGGAAGCCUACCCUCUCCCUUCUUCCUCCACAAGGACGGGAUGCAGAGGCCAUCGCACGCCGGCGCGCACGCAAGGGCGACCCGCAGGAUGGAUUGGACCCCGCGCGCAUCGAGCUCAUGCUCAGCCUGUCUCAUGACGGGGACAUGAUCGUCGCUGCGGUCGUUGGGCAACAGUUGGGCGAAUAG